CUCUCUUUCCCUCUCUCUUAGGGUUUCCCAUCUCUCCCGCCAAUUUUCCUUCCCGCACAAGAUCCCAACUCCGGCAGUUCUCUUUCUGUUUCUACGGUUGAGGUUUUAUGUGAGGGUCUGUGGCUUUUUGCUUGUUCUUGUGGGGGUGGGAUUCUGGGUUUUGGGAUGGGAGAGAUCUGAAUCGACUGUCCCUUUUGGCGUUCGAGAUCGGUUCUCCGGCAAGCAGCUUGACGGUCUUCUGUUGCUUCGCAAGCCGACCGUUUCUAUGGCGUCUGGAGUGAUGGUGGAUGCCCCUGGAGGGGCGAUCCCGGCGCUGGAGAAGGAACUCGAGUGCGUGGAGAACAAACAGCCUGUGGCGCUCUCAGCGUCUUCUGAUUCUGAACUUUGUCCGAGCCCCGUGACAGCAUCUCCGUCUCAUCGGAGGAGUGGACCAAUACGGAGGGCAAAGGGUGGUUGGACACCACAAGAGGACGAGACACUACGCCAUGCCGUAAGAGCUUUCAAAGGGAAAAAUUGGAAAAAAAUAGCUGAGUUUUUCACAGAUAGGACGGAGGUGCAAUGUCUUCAUCGAUGGCAGAAGGUUCUUAACCCUGAGUUAGUGAAGGGGCCAUGGACUAAGGAGGAGGAUGAUAUAAUAGUCAAACUGGUGGCAAAAUUUGGGCCAGCAAAGUGGUCCGUCAUAGCCAAAUCGUUGCCAGGUCGCAUAGGAAAGCAAUGUCGGGAGAGGUGGCAUAACCAUUUGAACCCCCUAAUAAAGAAGGAUGCAUGGACGAAAGAAGAGGAGCUAGCACUUAUUCGUGCCCACAAAAUACAUGGAAAUAAGUGGGCUGAAAUAGCAAAGGUUCUUCCUGGAAGGACCGAUAACUCAAUCAAGAAUCACUGGAACAGUUCCUUGAAGAAAAAGGUUGAUGCUUACCUAGCUGGGUUAUCUUUGUCACCAUCGACUUUAGGAGUACAUGCUGAAUCCAUAGAAGUUGCAGAACUGGCUGGAGAGGAAUUGAACUUGACACUCCCAGAUGCUGUUUUUGGUGCAAUUAAAAAUGGACCAAAUGAUGCUGAACGACUAGUCAGUGAAGUGUCAAGCACAAGACAAUCAUCAGGUCUCACAUCAAGUACCAAUAAUGAAUUGGAAAAUGUUGCAAGGGCAGCUGGUGAAUUUUUUGACAUAAAGCCAAUAUCGUCUGUCAUGGUAGAUGAUGGCUUGCGAACCAUAGCAUUGCUGGCUUUGGAAGAAUUACAUGGAGAACAUGCAUCAUCUCCUUGUUUAACCAUGAACAACUUUUCCAAUGGUACACCUACAUUAGCUGAUGAGAAUUUACAGGCAAUUUCAAAUAGGGCUUCUUGUGUGGAUCAGGCAGUAGCUACCAGUGUCGAAGCCAUGGAUCAGCCUGCAAACAUAAUUGGACCAGGGGAUGAACAUGAGUACAAGUUGGGGGAUUCUACUUCUACAGUUUCUAUUGAGAAGUUAGAACAAUCUGCAGUGCAACUUCUUGGCAGGGAAACCUUUCCAGACGCUAUAGGUCAAAGACAAUUUUCUGGCUUUCCUGAGUCAGGGCUUCAGAAAUCUAAAUUUGGUCUCUGUUAUAGGAAAUCAAGUUCAAGAAAUAAGUCAGGGAAGCUUCUCAAGAGUGGUGAGAUUAUUCAAGCUAAACGAGACUCUGAAUUAGCAAAUCAUGGCAGCAUUUGGUCCUCUAGGUUUCCAUGUGCAGAAAAGAUCCAUCAGUCCAACAUAGUAACUAGAUCAAGCAAGCAUGUUGUGCUUCCAUCCUCUACUCAGGAAUGCCUAGGAAAUGGAGAAAUCAGGCCAGCAGAAAAUAGUGUGACAAAUAGAGUCGGUAGAAUUUCAAAAUCAGCUGAGACUCCAAUGCGUGAUCCAUCAGAUUUACGAAAUGAGGAAGCAUAUACAGCCUGCAGAAUUCCUGAAUCAUCAUCUAUUGUUGAGAUUCCAUCCUUUAAUUUGUCAUGUAGAAAAAGUGGUGACAUCAGGCAAACCAACAAUCCUCUCAAGCCUGGACACGAUGCUGAAUCAUGUACCUCUUCUUGCUUCAAGAUGCUGCAGCCAGCUUGUUAUGGACAGCCUACAAAUUACAGUCCCUUCACUUCUCAUGAUGACCAGGUUUAUAGCCACCCUGUGGUUGCCCCACACAUGCAUGGGUUUUCUGCUUCCGUUUGUAAAGAUGUUGGUCUUGUACAACGAAGCCCAGAAUUUAUACUGAAAGAGGCAGCUAAAACCUUCACAAAAACCCCUUCUAUUUUAAGAAAAAGACAAAGGGAACCAAAUUUCUCUGUGGAAUUAAAAUGGGAUAACAUUGCAUCGGGCAGCAAAAGCCCUCAGGAGAUACUUUUGACUGCUAAUCAAAGGAAACAAAACAGAGAUGUUGCUAGUGUAGCAACACCAAUAAAUGAAACUAAGAACCCUACAAAGAGAAGAAAUGUGGAUGAUAAAGACGACUUUUGUAGUAGAGGUGCUUUUGUUGUUUCUCCACCAUAUUUAUCACAAAGAAAGCGGAGAGCGAUUGCCAAGUCGGUAGAGGAAAGGUUGAUUUCAGGUGAAGGAACUUUUGAUAGGAAUGCCAGAUUUAUUAACCUUAUGAGCAAUGCAAGCACAUGCGGGACUAGCUGGAGUGCGAACCUAGAAGAUGUACGUAAAGAGAUCAAAUGACCUUCUGUCACUUUCUUAAGGGACUAACAAAAACCAAGUGUAAGUAGAAAUAUUUGAUGUUGUAAAUUGAGGAUAACUUCGAUGGGGAGGUACAGAUUUGAGAAGUUAAUAAUGGUGCUUCCUGACAUAUGCGGAAAGCAAUUGGCUGCUUUACGACAUUGUAUUCUAAAAUCGAUUGCCAUUUAUGUUGUACUGAAAUCAUAGCCAAAGUUUCAAUAAAAGCGGUCUGAGGGCUUUCUCUUCA